AUUAAUUGAAUUCCCUUCUUCCACCUUUUUCUGUUCUUGCCCUCCGCUCUCGCACUGAGAAUCAUCGAAAACCAAAUUCAGAUCUGUUGCUGGUAGGGUUUCUUAGGAGGCAAAAAUGGCGUUGGAAUGGGUUGUGCUUGGAUAUGUCGCGGGCGCGGAAGCAAUCAUGUUGGUGCUGCUGACGCUGCCGGGUCUCGAACGACUCCGUAAGGGUCUCACCGCGGUGACUCGGAACCUCCUGAAGCCGUUCCUGGCGGUGGUUCCGUUCUGUUUGUUUCUGUUAAUGGACAUUUACUGGAAGUACGAGACUCGGCCGACUUGCGAGGGUGCAGCCUGUACUCCCAGCGAGCAUCUCCGUCAUCAGAAGUCGAUCAUGAAGAGCCAACGCAAUGCCCUCUUGAUUGCCUCUGCUCUCGUCUUCUACUGGCUCUUGUUUUCGGUUACCCAUCUGCUUGUCCGUCUCGAUCAGCUCAACCAGCGCCUCGAGAAGUUGAAGAAUCAGGAAUGAUGGGGGGAGACCCAUAAAGGAAUUGGUGGAAUUCGAGAUAAGGCUUUCUGUUGUUUAUUUUCCUUUUCCUUUUUUUUUUUUUUUCUUUUGAGACUUCCAAUGUUUAGUGAGGUAGCUUGUUGUGGUUGGUGAGACUUGUGCUUUUGAUUUGUAUACGCAGUAUCCGAUUAAUACAAUCGAUCAUUGAUAGAUCUA